AUGGGCAAACUCACCCGCGUCGCCUGCAUCAUCACCCCGAUGGCCCUGACCAUCGCCUCUCUCGUCUGCCUCGUCAUGGUCUUCAUGGGCGGCCUAAACAAAUCCUCACCGACACUUUCGUCGCUGUACUUCUUCAAGGCCGACACCUCCGCCUUCGCCGCGAACCCCUCGAUAGUCGACGUCCCCGGCACAGACAUCGACGACAAGCUGGUGCAAGCGUUCAAGAACAGCGCCGCCGGCGCCAGCAUGAACGACUUCUACACCAUCCACCUGUGGAACUACUGCAGCGGCAAGAAAGACGCCGCCACCGGCGCCGAGACGAUCGAGUUCUGCUCCCCGCGGACGGCGAGCUACUGGUUCAACCCCGUGGAGGUGUGGAAGCUCGAUUCCGGCGCCGGGACGGGCGCGGACGUGAAGCUGGACGACUACAUCCCCGGCGACCUGAAGAAGGGCCUCGACACCUACGCGCAAGUCGUGAAGUGGAUGUUCGCCAUCUACGUGAUCGCGCUCUGCGUUACCGCCGCCGAGAUCGUAAUCGGCAUCCUGGCCAUCUUCUCCCGCUGGGGUUCCUUCGUCACCACGAUCCUCAGCACCGCGACGACACUGCUCACGCUCGCGGCCGCGGCACUCGCGACGGGUAUCUACGUCACGCUCGCCACGACCUUCAGCACAGUGCUGAAACCCUACAACAUCGACGCCUCGGUCGGUCGACGCAUGAUGCUCGCCACCUGGCUAGCCGCCGUCUUCAGCCUCGCCGCCGGCGCGUUCUGGCUGCUGAGCACGUGCUGCGGGAGCGGGAAGGGGGACCGGAAGGACUCGAAGGGGAAGCGCGGGGCGGCGGUCGAGAAGGCGCCGUAUACGUAUGAGCGGGUGAUGGGGGCACGGGGUGGGGAGCAGGGAGGAGAGAGGGGGGUGCCGCUGAGGGAGUUGAGGGCCGGAAAGGGUGAUCUGAACAGGGAGAGGGGGAGGGCUUAUGAGCCGUUUAGGCAUGAUGAGAGGGUGUAG